AGAACUGACUUUUUGCAGAAUUCCACAAAGAUGCGAUUAACCACGGUGUUUAUUGUCACCAUCGUUCUUAUCGCGAUGGUGGAGUUAUCCGAAACAAGAGGGAGAUCAGGAGGUUAUAGAAGCUCCAGAACCAGUAGAACGAGAAGUAGCUCUGGAGGAUCAAGCUCAAAGCCUAAAAUCACCAAAUACACGCCAAUCACCGCUACUUCAGCUCGCUCUCCAGUGAUCGUCUCACAAACUCAGAUGGGUUCGCGUUCAAGCACGUUCAAGAAAGUUGUCGUUGCCUACUUGGUGACCCGCUACGCGUUCAGCAGUGCCCCUGUCUAUCGGCAGGGAUAUCCAAUGUACCGGAGUUAUGUCUCCAUACCGAAAGAAAGAGCGAUGAGGGUUACCUAUGAGAGAGAAAGGCUGCUGAAUGAUAAAGGAAAUUUGUGUUUGGAUACAUCAGCAGGGAGGCAGACUAUGAAGGAAGGAAUCGACGACAACUUGGUUAACUUGACAACUACAGUGAAGUACAAAAAUGGAGAAACGAAAACACUACACGGAGUCGACAAAACAGUGUCGCUGGAAGACAUCAAGGAUCAAGACUUUGAAGUUGUAAGCCUCGCCAGUUACAACAUCACGAUUGUGACGGGAACAACUUGUACACAGGUCGAGAAGACCGUCCAAGGUACGAUGGUUACCAUGUACGAGACAAAUCCGAACGGCUCGAACAGGCUGAACAUCAACGACAUACUUCUCUCAGUCGUUAUUAUGUUGUUUGUGUUUAUGAAUUAACGUGUAUUUCGUUAUUGAAUCAAGAAGGCUCAUGUUUCGCUAGUAUCGCAUUUGAGACCGACAAAGCGAUAAUGAUAAUAGGAUAAUAGUUAACGUCGAAAAAGCAAUUUAUUGGGCUUUUAGACCGCUGAAAUAACGAGUUUAACUUGGAAAACUCAAAGAGACUGAACAUCAACAACAUACUACUCUACAUCGUUAUUACGUUGUUAAUGUUUAUGAAUUUACAUGUAUUUCGUUAGUGAAACAAGAGCGCUUAUUUUUCGCUGCCAUCAACAUGUUCAGACCCGACUCAGAGUCAUUUAUUCGGCUUUUAGUCUGCUGAAAUCUCGAGCUUAGCUUGGAAAGUCAGUAACCUCUUUUAAAACUUCCAGUUUUUCAUGCCACAAAAUAUCAAUUAUUAACGACCCUCAACCGAAGAUCAAGUGUUGUAAGAUGACAAGUUGUACUCUAAUGAUUUGCAUGUGGUUGUGCUAAAUUUGCAUUUAGCUUGUUUUUGCUUCGAUUUCAGUAACCACAUUAAAUUUAUUCGAUAUGAAAAUGAUCUGUAGUUCAUAUGUAUUCCCUUUUUACGUAGUAAAGGAUUGACUUCUGACUGCGGGAGAUCGACUUACAUUCGCAUCAUUGUCACGUAUGGAUUACGAUUUCUGUACAUAGCUUAGGAUUUCUUAUAAUGUAAUUAAAAAUUUAAUUUUUUAGAAAGCGUUGCGUUCGGUUAUUCAUAGGCAAAUGAAAAAAAAUUGAACAAGAUCUGAUGUUUUGUUGUGACACAAGGCAGUUAUGAAGCUCAAACAAAUAUUUGACGAGUUGUCGUAGACUUUGUGAUUCGUGCGUGACACAUGUCAAAUGAUGAGUGUGAACAUUAUGUGAACAUUAUGCUAGAAGCACCGCCUUAAGUGAUUUUGGGAAAUUGAUCGGUUUACAUGAUCAACGCGACUUUGAAUGACCUUUUAAAUUAGUACUUUGCAACAACCAAUCACAAUGCAGAGAAUUUCGUUUAAGAGAGUGAUUUCUUACAAAUUUUGGAGAGUAGCUUUUUACACACCCGUUGUAAAUAAGCGAAUACGAGAGAGGAAUAAAACAGUUUGAUUGAG